AUGAAGUCACGCAGAGACAAACUCAAGAUCCCUUCCCUCACUCUGGAUUUGUCCCCCACCUGUCAGAGCCCCACCCUCCUGAGCCCAUGCAGCCCUUGCAGCCCCUGCAGCCCUUUACAAACCCUUCAUCCAUGGAGUUGUCGCAGCAGCAACAGGAAGAGUCUAGGUGUUGGGUCGCCCUCUCCCACCCUCUCUCGGCCUCUGUCUCCUCUCUCACUUCACACUGCAAGCAGCCCUCUGGACAGCCCCCGAAAUGUGUCAACCAAUGCUUGCCUCAACUUUCCAUUUGCUCGAAGAGCUGAGGGCCGAAGAUGGUCCCUGGCCUCCCUCCCCUCGUCUGGCUAUGGCACCAAUCCCCCCAGCUCCACUGUCUCGUCGUCCUCGUCCUCUCAGGAGCGCCUGCACCAGCUUCCUUAUCAGCCGACACAAGAUGAGCUCCACUUCUUGUUCAAACACUUUCGCAGCACAGACUCUAUGCCCGAUGAAGAUGGCCGCCCAGCUACAGUCAUUCGGCCACGCUCUCGCAGCCUCAGUCCCGGACGGUCAUGUGUCUCCUACGACAACGAGAUCGUGAUGAUGAACCAUGUUUACAGAGAGCGUUUCCCAAAGGCCACGGCUCAGAUGGAGGAGCGCCUGUUGGAGAUCAUCACCCACUGCUCACCGGAGAGCUCCCUCCCUCUCGCUGACGGAGUCCUGGGCUUCAUCCAGCAUCAGUUGGUGGAACUGGCCCGAGACUGUUUGGACAAGUCUAAGAAAGGCUUGGUUACUUCGUGCUACUUCGCUGAGCUGCAGGAGAAACUGGAAAAGUUCCUUCACGAGGCGUAUGAGCGCUCUGAAAGUGAGGAGGUCCCGGUCAUCAUCCAACUAGUCAGAAAGAUCCUUAUCAUCAUCUCCAGACCUGCUCGUCUGCUCGAGUGUCUAGAAUUUAACCCAGAGGAGUUUUAUCAUCUCCUUGAAGCAGCAGAAGGUCAUGCCAAAGUUGGACAAGGCAUCAAGACUGACAUCCCCCGAUAUAUCAUCAACCAGCUGGGGCUCACCAGAGAUCCUCUCGAAGAAAUCCAGCUUGAACAAUUUGAUAUGAGCCCCACGGCAUCCACUGAACCAGAGCCCAAUUCAGAGAGUAAGACGCCCCAGACAUUGACUCCAACUCGACGGAAACCUUUUGAAAGUGAUUUUGAGACAAUCAAACUAAUCAGCAAUGGUGCCUAUGGAGCCGUCCAUCUGGUCCGUCACAAAGAGACACGGCAACGCUUCGCAAUGAAAAAGAUAAAUCGACAAAAUCUGGUCUUGAGAAACCAGAUUCAGCAAGCUUUUGUCGAACGAGAUAUUCUUACAUUUGCAGAGAACCCGUUUGUUGUAUCCAUGUUCUGCUCUUUUGAAACACGGCGUCACCUCUGCAUGGUCAUGGAGUAUGUCGAAGGAGGAGAUUGUGCCACUUUGCUCAAAAACAUGGGUCCUCUCCCUGUUGAAAUGUCACGCAUGUACUUUGCUGAAACGGUUUUGGCGCUGGAGUACCUUCAUAAUUAUGGCAUUGUGCAUCGAGAUCUUAAACCUGACAAUUUGUUAAUUACAUCCAUGGGACACAUCAAACUGACUGACUUUGGCCUGUCUAAAAUUGGCCUGAUGAAUAUGACCACAAAUCUCUAUGAGGGUCACAUGGAAAAAGACACGCGAGAGUUUAUUGACAAACAGGUCUGUGGAACGCCAGAGUACAUUGCCCCAGAGGUGAUUCUCCGUCAGGGAUACGGGAAGCCGGUGGACUGGUGGGCCAUGGGUGUCAUCCUUUAUGAGUUUUUGGUUGGCUGUGUUCCAUUUUUUGGUGACACGCCUGAAGAGCUUUUUGGUCAAGUUGUUAGUGAUGAUAUUAUUUGGCCUGAAGGUGAUGAUGCUUUACCCGGAGAUGCCCAAGACCUGAUCACUCGCUUGUUACGGCAGAGUCCUUUAGAGCGACUUGGCACUGGUGGAACCACAGAGGUGAAGCAGCAUGCUUUCUUUCUGGGUUUGGACUGGAACGGUCUCCUGAGACAGAAGGCAGAGUUUAUCCCUCAGCUGGAGGCAGAGGACGACACCAGUUACUUUGACACUCGCUCAGAGCGCUAUCACCACUUAGCAUCUGAUGAAGAUGAAGAAACAAAUGAUGAAGAGUCCUCUUUGGAGAUACGCCAGUUUUCCUCAUGGUCCAAUCGCUUCAGUAAAGUUUACAGCAGCACUGAAUAUCUGGCCACACCGUCCAAUCUCAGUUUCUCAUCUGAUCGAAGUCACAGUGAAGAGAAAGAGGACCGGCCGGAUGUGGGGCUCAGUCCCUCUCAGGGUCCAGCAGAGAGCACUGUGGAGCGGAGGCACUCAGGACGCAUGGCCAGCCUUCGACCCAGGGCAUCUUCCAGCUCGUCUCAGUCCGAGAGAAGCUCUAGUCCUUUGGUCAUGAGCAGCACCCACAGCCUGGAAACUAUGCCUCGCUUUGCACUCUCCACCGAUGAUGAAGCUGAAGUUGUUGUGUCAAACCUACGAAGGAUUCGAAUCCGUAGCAACAGCACCGGAGGCAAACACUCGUCUCCCAAAGAGCCCACGGGUCCUCGUCGAUUUGGAAACCAACUGGAAACACCAGACAAACAAAAGCUUUCUUGUGGUGGAAAAGUGCCCAAGUCGGCCUCUGUGUCAGCACUGUCUCUCAUCAUUACACCUGACGAUACUCCCACUGGUCUUCAAACUAGUCCUAUCUCUCCUCGCUCUUUGUCCUCCAAUCCUUCGUCUCGUGAGUCUUCGCCGAGCCGAGACUUGUCGUUCAGCCCCGGCAGCCUGAAGCCUCCCAUCAUAAUCCACACCUCAGGGAAGAAAUGUGGAUUUACUGUCCAGGCCAUCCGUGUUUUCAUGGGCGACAGUGACGUCUACACUGUGCAUCAUAUGGUGUCUAGUGUAGAGGAGGGAAGUCCAGCUCACCAGGCAGGCCUUUGCAUGGGGGAUCUCAUAACACGCGUCAAUGGAGAGUCCGUCCAAGGCCUGGUCCACACAGAGAUGAUAGAACUUCUGCUCAAGAGCGGAAACAAGGUGGCCUUACAGACAGUAGCUCUGGAGAACUCUUCCAUCAAAGUAGGUCCUGCUCGUAAAACAAAACACAAAGGAAAGAUGGCUCGGAGAAGCAAGAGGAGCAAGAGGAGAGACAACUAUGACCGGCGAAGAAGUAUCUUGAAGAAACUGUCCAAGCAGAGCACCGUGAUGCACAGCAGUCGAAGCUUCUCCUCUGGUCUCCAUCAGUCGGUUUCCUCCAGUGAGAGUCUUCCAGGCUCUCCGACACACAGCCUGUCCCCGGGCCCCUCCACUCCCUGCCGGAGCCCGGCACCCGACCAUCAGACCUUUGAAAACCACUCUCCUCAAAGCACAUCUCCGUGCUCUAGUUCUCCAAGUUCUCCAGCGACGCACAUCCGUCCAAGUUCCCUCCACGGCCUGAGCUCCAAGAUGAGCACACAGAGAUACACUAAAGUGGGCCGUCGGAAGUCUACAAGCAACAUUCCUCCUUCUCCUCUGGCUUGCAACUCCUCGUCUUCCACGCAGCCGUUGUCCCCACAGCGUUCGCCGUCUCCGUUGCCCGGCUUUGCCAAAUCUUUCCACGCCUACCACGGUAAAACUCUCUCCCCGCCGACCAUAGUUCGACAUGUGCGGCCUCGAAGCGCAGAACCUCCUCGAUCCCCGCUGCUCAAGAGAGUGCAGUCUGCGGAGAAACUGUCAGGGGUGUACCACGUGGACAAGAAGUCAUACGCCCCACGCAGGCAUACGUUGGAAGUGCCAUUUUACGACGAUCUUCUCGGGGACUCGGAGGCAGAAGGGGCGUGCGGCGGUUACAUGGGGGCUGAACAUGGGCGGCUGAGCGGCUACAUCACCGGGCAGAGAAUACGUGACUCCGGUCUGGACAGGUCCGAGCAGCUGGUAGUGAUGCGCAAACUCAACCUGUCCGAGCGCCGCGACUCCUUCAAAAAGCAGGAGGCCGUGCAGGAAGUGAGUUUUGACGAACCUGAGGAGAAGAGCGGCUCCACGACCCCCGUCCCGGCUCCGGCCAAUCAGACGCCGCAUCAGCACACCCUCCUGAGACCGGGCCUAUCACAAAGCAGCGGGGAGGCGGAGGUCCCGGGCGUCCGCAGAUUCACGCUGGUGCCACAGAUUGCGGUUCAAGGCUCCACAGAGAGCGAAGGACAAGACGAGUGGGAGCCGUGUUCAGACGGAGAGGACGGUAACGAGAACAUGGAGAUGGAAACGUCCGUGCAGAAGCUGAACGUCAUCAAGAAGACGGACUCGCCGGUCAGAGCGACGGAGGCCAGAGCGACGGAGGCCAGAGCGACGGAGGCCAGAGCGACGGAGGCCAGAGCGACGGAGGCCAGAGCGACGGAGGCCAGAGCGACGGAGGCCAGAGCGACGGAGGCCAGAGCGACGGAGGCCAGAGCAACAGAGACAGAGGCCAAAACCCGCACAGAGGACUUGUUACAAAAAGCACAUCUGAAAAAGUAA